CCAUUUGAUCCACAGCCCGCCCCUUUCCUCCGCGCUGCGCCGCUCAGCACACCCGGCGCACCAGCGGGACAGUCCGGCUGCACCACCGGCUCACUCGGACCACACCAACCGAUUUGCAAUGGAAAGAUAAUUAACCGGAGUCAAGCAGUCUCCUGUUCCUCGUGUCGCAGUUUCCUUGGGAAUGAGAACCGACGGAGUAGCCGGCCAGGGUGGUAGCAGCCAGGCCCUGUCGGGGGUAACGGCACAGAUGAAGGAUUAGAGGAUAAUCCAGGAUGGUUCCAUGAUGCGACCGCACAACCAUUUGCAGCUGGACUCUGACCUAUUUCUGAGCUGAUGUCGACAAAGCCAAAGCCCAAUGCGAGCGGGUGAAACCAGGCGACCUGACCACACUCCAACUGGCCCGGCAGCUUCCAGGAACACAACUGCAUAGUGUUCUCCUCAAUUUAUGACCGUUUAAUUUAACCAGCUAUGCAUAACAACAAGCUACAAAGAGUGGGACAGAGUUUGGCCUGCACAUGAUCAUCAGAGAUAAUAUCCCAGUGAACUAUUUGGCGCUGCAGGCUGGGAGUCCAACUUUUUAGAAAUUACAUGGUUUCAUGAUCUUGGAAUAACCUUUCAGAUGACUUUUUAGGUCCGUACUUAGGACAGCUCCACUGUAACUGAUUCUGGCAUAAAUCUAAGAAAAGAAACCUUAAAAUUUGGGUGCUCAGUUUUGCCUUUCAGAGGGAUUAAAGGCAAUUCCAGACAUUGUUCAAGAAAAAGCCAUUUACCUCUUGUGAUCAUGAAUCUUCAGGAAAAGCUGUCAGGCCUCAAAGGUCUGGUCUCACACUCCCACAGCAAGCGUCGCUUUAAAGGCGACCUCACUCUGGACAUGAUCAGCCCUCCUUUGGGUGACUUUCGCCACACCAUGCACGUGGGCCGUGGCGGCGAUGUGUUCGGGGACACCUCCUUCCUUAGCAACCACGGGGGCACGGCCAAUGGAAACAACGGGGAAACAGAUUCUAUCUCGUCCUCUGACAACAAGAUCGGAGCGUUCUUCUCCAGGACGAUCCGUCACAUCCGAAGGGGGUCUGACAACCAACCCACAGGAGGACCCAAGGAUCUGUCGCCACCACCUCCCGUUGUUUCACCCAUCAUCAAAAACGCCAUCUCCCUCCCCAGGCUGGAUGUGGAUAUGCCUAAUGGGAGCCCCACAGCUAAAGUGCUCUUCCCCAGUUCUCAAUGCACACCAGAGGAGAGGAAAAGCUCAUAUGGUGAUUACGGUCUGGAGUCUGGUUUUGUCACUCUGCCUCGUCUCUCUCGCUCCGAGCGCCAGCAACCUUCCAUCUCCCUCCCCACUUCCUGCUCCCCUAACAUCCACCGCGGCUCUCUGACCGACCCUACUGACGCCAUCCUGUCCACCUGCUCUGCCUCCAUUGUGACCUCUGACCCCAAACCCACCUACACUGCCUACUCUGAUUCCCUUCCCUCCCUCAGCUCCUUGGACACCUUCACCUUUGACCUCGGGCCCUCCCUCAUGAGCGAGGUGUUUGGCCUGAUCGACGGCCACCCGGAGGAGCAUGGCAACGCCUGGGAGGGAGAGGAGGCAGGGUCAGCAUGCGGGUUGACGAAUGAGGGAUCAGAGAUGGACUCGGCUACUAUAUCCUACGUGGAUUCCCUGCUGAGGGAGGACUGCGGGGGCAGGAAGAGCCCGCAUGGGACCGAAUGGGAGGAGGAGGAAGGGACAGAGGUGAACGGAGUCGGGCUUUCUGUUAAAGUAGCUGAUGUGGUGAUGGGGGCUCCUGAACCAGUGAGGUUUGGGAUGGGGAUGGAGAGCGAGCGCUUCCAAAGUGCUACAGAUGUGCUCGCACGCCAUUAUGGCAUCAGCCACCUAAAGAGACAGAGCAGGACGGAGGUUGCCGAUUCAAUGAUGAUGAUCCUCAGCCAGCCCAAGAACAAAAUGUCCUACAGUUACAUGGAUGACGAGGAUGAAAUUAAAGUCUGAGCUGUGAUGUUUUGACUCUAAAAAACUGUCACUGAUGUAUGAUUUAGCUCUAACUUCCAAUCAAAUCAAUCAUCUGAAAAAAA